AGAUAGAAGCGGAAGCCUUUGCAGCAUUCUCACUCUUUCUUCUCUCUCCACAUUGCUGGAACUGAAACCCUUUCUCUCUUUCUCAGCAGUCAUCCUUUCUCGCUUACCCUGAAAUAGAGGACGCAGUGUUACCACCAGGGAAGUUUAAUGUGCACCAGCACCUUGUGAUUUGUGAAUCUCUUUCUUUUUCUUCAAUACUGAGGCCUUGUUUUUGUUUUUGUUUUUGUUUUUGUUUUUGUUUUUGGGGGUGCUUUAAACUCUCUGCUCAGAGAGAGGGACUGAGACCAAUUUGUUUUUCUCUCCGUUUUUUUCCUGUUGGAAAAGACCCAAAAGAUAGAACAAAGAAAAGCCCUUUUUGUUUCGGGGUUGUAAAUUCAUCUUCCUCUUCUCUGUUUACCUGCUUUCUGUUUAUCAGAUCUGUGCUUCUGUUUCUACUGUUUUACCCAUCUGUUUGUUGUUUUUGAGUUGAAGAAAUGAGUAAAGAAGAGUUUAUGAAGAUCAAGGUACACGCCUUCUCUCUCUUUCUGUCUAAUUUUUCCAAGUACUUUGCUUCAUUUCAACUCAAUGCUGUUUUGUCUAUUGUUUGCUUUUUAUUUCUUCAAGUAAGGUUGCUUGAUUUUGGUUUCCCUGUUUCUGAAUUAUGCCUCUGUUUACUCUGGUUUUCUUCUUCUGGUUGCUUGCUCUUGCAGACUUGUGUCCUCAAAGUGAACAUACACUGUGAUGGAUGUGAGCGUAAGGUCAAGAAAAUCUUGCAGAGAAUUGAGGGGGUUUACAAAACCAUCAUAGAUGCAGAGCAAGGAAAGGUAACAGUCUCAGGAAAUGUGGAGCCUGCUGAUCUAAUCAAGAAACUUGCAAAAUCAGGCAAACAUGCAGAGCUGUGUGGUGGCCAGAAGCCUAACAACAACCAAAAGGUCCAAAACCAUAACCAUGCUGCCAAUCAGGCGAAGAACGUGCAGACUGACAAUGGAAAAGGGGGUAACAACAAUGGUAACAAGGGCCAGAAGGGUAAUAAUAACAACAAUAAUCAGAAUAAUCAGCCUAAAGGAGUGCCCCAGCUAAACCCCCAACAGCUGCAGCAGAUUCUACAGAUAUCCCCCCAACAGCUGCAGCAGCUUCUACAGUCAUACCCCCCGCUGCUGCAGCAGAUUCUACAGUUACCCCCCCAACAGCUGCAGCAGGUUCUACGGUCACACCCCCAGCUGCAGCAGCUUCUACAAUCACACCCCCAGCUGCUGCAGCAGACUCGAGACCUUCAGCAAUUGCAGCAAAUGAAAGCGUUUCAAGAUCAGAAGCAGCACCAAUUGAAGGACCAGAAGGUUGAAGAUGGUGACUCUAGUGAUUAUGAUGAGGAUGACUUAUAUGAUGAUGAGGAUAUUGAUGAUGAUGAGUAUUUUGAUGAACUGGAUGAGCUCCAGCUGCCUCCCAACAGGAUGAAAUCCGUGAUGCUCUCGAAUGAUAUGAUGAAUGGCCAGAAGGGUGGUGUGCCUAAUGGUAAUAAGGGAGGUAAUGGUGGCGGUGGGAAUGCAGUACCGGUUCAUUUUGUCGGUGGGGGUGGGAAUGGUGAGGGUAAAAAUGGAAAUGGAGGUAAAAAGGGUGGCGGUGGUGGUGGUGGGGGUAACAACAAUGGAGGGAAUCAAAAUCAAGGUGGGGGUAAAAACGGUGGUAAAGGUGGCGGUGGGUUACCACAAGAUGGCAAAAAUGGUAAUAAUGGUGGCGGUGGUGGGGGUAAUAAGAACGGUGGUGGUAAUAAUCAUGGGGGAGCUAACGGUGGCAGUUCGAAAAAGGGGCAUGAUGGCUUCUUCGACAGCACGGGUCGCCCCAACGGCAACAUGGGUCAGAUGGGCAACAUGCCCAUUUUUAUGGAUCAAAUGGGUAAUAUGCCUAUGGGCCAAAUGGGCAACAUCCCGGCGGUACAAGGGCUACCAGCAAACGCCAUGAACGGGAGAAGCGGAGGCGGUGGCGGUGGCAGCGGGUACUUCCAAGGAGCCGGGCCGGAUCCCAUGCCCGGCAACCCAUACCAUCAACAGCAGCAACAACAACAGGUUCUGGCAGCAAUGAUGAACCAACAACGUGCCGCCAUGGGGAAUGAAGGGUUCCAGCCCAUGAUGUAUGCCAGGCCACCUCCUGCAGUCAAUUACAUGCCCCCUUACCCUUACCCUUACCCGUCCCCUUCCCCUUACCCGUCCCCUUCGCCUUACUCUUACCCGUCCCCUUCGCCUUACUCUUACCCGUCUCAACCCGACCCGUAUACCCACCUCUUCAGUGAUGAGAAUACUUCAAGCUGCAAUAUCAUGUGAUAAUUGGGUCAGUUCCACUGCUCCAGUGCAGCAGCCGGUGGCUUUUUCGGUGGUUGUUCCGCAAUGGUCCCAAGGACAACUAUUAGAACGUUGAAGCCAUAUAUACAAUGGAAAUGGGAAGUUUAAUUUUCUUAUUAGUCUUCUAAUAUUUUCUUUUUAACCCAAGUUAAAAUCAGGCUCCUCAAUCCUGAUAGGGGAGUAUGUUAUAGAUUUAAAAAAAAAAAAAAAAGAGAAAAAAAAGAGGAGUAUGUAGUGGGAGAAUGAAGAAGAUGGAUGAUGUAAGAAUGUAAGCGGGAGUAAGUGUUGGUUAUUUUUUUUUUUUUUCUUAAUAUCUUUUAUCAUAUGGGAUAUUUUUUGCCACUUUUUAUGAGAAGGUUGUGAUAUAGUAAGAUUAUGUUGCAAAACGAAUAAUAUUAGAUAGAGAGAUAGAGAGAAUGGGUUUGCAAUAAAAAAUGCCCAUCUCUUUUUUCCCCCUUCUCAACUCUCCUUGCUUGUACGGUCCGUGCUUAUUUAAUU